CUCUUCUGUGAACAAGUGCCCUAACCUACACUGCAGGUGACCAGGUACUAAUUAUGUAUGUAUAAGGGAAGAGCUUUUGUCUGAAGAAAAGGUGGUGCACCUCUUAAUAGGAAGGAGAGAAGAAGCUUUUUGUGGAAAAAUAAGAAGUGUGUUUAUCAUGUAGCUUGAGUAUGUUUUCAGUUGUUCCUCCUCUCACCUCUGCCUUUUUACCAUGUUCCCUGUGUAUAUCUGUUAAUCAGAAGGAGUACUGAGGACAAACUCUGUUCUUUAUGGAUUGCCUUUCAAGAAUCAAACCCUUUUCUUACUCUUUUUCCAAAAUUUCCAAAAGGCAGGCAUUGGUUUCUUGGCCAGCCUCCUCCCAGAUAAAGGGGAUCUCUCGUCCCUCCUCUUGCUUGAAAGAAAAGCGCAAGGCUGAACAUGUUUAUCAAGAGGAAAAGUGGUUUCUCAGAACGCAGACUGUCAAACUCUGGCCUCUGUCCCGGGGCUCACUUUGUUAUGGCAGGUGAAGCUCACCUUUGCCCCACCCAGUGUUUCCACAAAAAGGCAAGGUUCCAAGUAUUUAUAUGAACAAGUGUUACUUUAGGACUCGGAGGGUUGGGGGUGGAGGAUGUUUGCAUAGUCUAAGCCUUGGGCGGGGGUGUAGGAAACAGCAAGUACAGAGGCCAUAGAAAAAGCUGAGACUCGGUUUGACGUAGUCUGCCAGCCUGCUCUUCUACCCAGUGACUCAAAGCACUAAAAGUCAGCACAAUCGGAACUGAAGUUAGUAGUGACGCCCAUUUGCCCGUCACUGCUGAAGCCAAAGUUAGUACUCUGAGAUGGUUUAAUCUGUUUGAGGCUGCUCCUUAAAUGAAAUUUUGUUUCAUUCUUCUGUCCCACCCCCCCCCCCCGAGAAUAUUAAAAGAUGACAAAACUGAAAUGGAAAAGAUCUAUUCCAGAGGGGAGCUUCACCACUUCAUUGACGGCUUUAAUGAAGAGAAGAGCAACUGGAUGCGCUAUGUGAAUCCAGCACACUCUGCCCGGGAGCAAAACCUGGCUGCGUGUCAGAACGGGAUGAACAUCUACUUCUACACCAUUAAGCCCAUCCCUGCCAACCAGGAACUUCUUGUGUGGUAUUGUCGGGACUUUGCAGAAAGGCUUCACUACCCUUAUCCUGGAGAGCUCACAAUGCUUAAUCUCACUCAAACACAGAACAGCAACCCAAAGCAACCGAGUGCUGAAAAAACUGAACUUUGCCCAAAGAAUGUCCCAAAGAGAGAGUACAGUGUGAGAGAAAUCCUGAAAUUGGACUCCAGCCCCUCCAAAGGGAAGGACUUCUACUGUUCUAACAUUUCACCCCUUGCUUCAGAAAAGGACAUGGAUGACUUUAGGAAAAAUGGGAGCCCUGAAAUGCCCUUUUAUCCUCGGGUAGUGUACCCCAUCCGGGGCCCUCUGCCGGAAGACUUUUUGAAAGCCUAUGGGAUGGAGAGACCGACUUAUAUCACUCACUCUCCCAUUCCAUCCUCCACAACUCCAAGUCCCUCAGCAGGAAGCAGCCCUGACCAAAGCCUGAAAAGCUCUAGCCCUCAUUGCAGCCCAGGGGACACUGUGUCUCCACUGGCUCCUGGCUCUCAAGAACAUCGGGACUCCUACACUUACUUGAAUGCACCCUAUGGCACUGAAGGUCUGGGCUCUUACUCUGGAUACCCACCCCCACCCCACCUCUCACCAGCUUUCAUCCCCUCUUAUAAUGCUCACUACCCCAAGUUCCUGCUACCCCCCUAUGGCAUGAAUUGCAAUGGCUUGAGUGCUAUGAGCAACGUCAAUGGCAUCAACAACUUCAGCCUCUUCCCUAGGUUGUACCCUGUCUAUAGUAACCUCCUGGGCGGGGGCAGCUUGCCUCACCCUGUGCUCAGCCCAGCUUCAUUUCCGAGUUCCCUGCCCUCGGAUGGGGCCCGAAGGUUGCUUCCUCCUGAGCACCCCAGAGACAUAUUUGUCCCAGCACUCUGCAGUGCCUUUUCCCCUACUGGGGCAGCCGCCAGCAUGAAGGACAAGACAUGUAGCCCCACGAGUGGGUCUCCAACGGCGGGAACAGCUGCCACGGCAGAACAUGUGGUACAACCCAAUGCUACCUCAGCAGUGAUGGCAACCCCCAGCAGUGAUGAAGCCAUGAAUCUCAUUAAAAACAAAAGAAACAUGACUGGCUAUAAGACACUUCCCUACCCGCUGAAGAAACAGAAUGGCAAGAUUAAGUAUGAGUGCAACGUGUGUGCCAAGACUUUCGGCCAGCUCUCGAAUCUGAAGGUCCACCUGAGAGUGCACAGUGGAGAACGGCCUUUCAAAUGUCAGACUUGCAACAAGGGCUUUACGCAGCUUGCCCACCUGCAGAAACACUACCUGGUACACACAGGAGAGAAGCCACAUGAGUGCCAGGUCUGCCACAAGCGAUUUAGCAGCACCAGCAAUCUCAAGACCCACCUUCGACUCCACUCCGGAGAGAAACCUUACCAGUGCAAGGUGUGCCCUGCCAAGUUCACCCAGUUUGUGCACUUGAAGUUGCACAAGCGACUGCACACCCGGGAGCGGCCCCACAAGUGUGCCCAGUGCCAUAAGAGCUACAUCCAUCUCUCCAGCCUCAAGGUCCACCUGAAGGGGAACUGCCCUGUGGCCCCCACCAACAGGCUGCCCUUGGAGGACCUGACCCGAAUCAAUGAAGAAAUCGAGAAGUUUGACAUUAGUGACAAUGCUGACCGGCUUGAGGACAUGGAGGACAGCAUUGAUGUGACCUCAGUGGUGGAGAAAGAAAUUCUGGCCAUGGUCAGAAAAGAGAAAGAAGAAAGUGGCCUGAAAGUAUCUUUGCAAAGAAACAUGAGCAAUGGACUCCUCUCCUCAGGGUGCAGCCUUUAUGAGUCAUCAGACCUGUCCCUCAUGAAGUUGCCCCACAGCAGCCCACUACCUCUGGUACCUGUCAAGGUCAAGCAAGAGACAGUUGAACCAAUGGAUCCUUAAGAGUUUCAGAAAACAAUUGUUUUGCUUUGUCUAAGUUAUGACUUGGCAAAUCAGGGUGCCCAUAGCAAAUUGCUUGUACAUAGCUCCAGAUCUGCGAAGCUCUGCCAGUGGCAAGUGGUUUUCCUCACUUCUCUGGAACUGAAGGACUCCAAAGUUACUAAAAUCUCAGGGUAUAAAUGAGACAAAAACUCACUCUCUUGAUAUACAUAUAUAUAUAUACAUACAUAUAUAUACAUAUUAUAUAUACUUAUUUACACCCAUGUCCAUAUAUUUGAACCUGUGUAUUUUGAAUAUUUGUGUGGAUAUGUUUGCAUAGCCUUCCCAUUACUAAGACUAUUGACUAAUCAUAAUUAUUUUUUCAAUGAUAAUCCUUCAUAAUUUAUUAUACAAUUUAUCACUCAAAAAGCAAUAAUUAAGAAAGUUUACAGUGACUGGAAAGAUUACUUGUAAUUUGAAUACAAAUGUAUUUUUGUCUUGUGGCCAUUCUUUGUAGAUAAUUUCUGCACAUCUUUUUAAGUACCUAAGAUUUAGUAGACAGAUACAUUGUUUCAGUCAACUUCUCUAUAAUAAUGGUUUCAAGUGAGAUUUUGGUAUUGCCAAAGUUACAGUUGAUGUGUUAAUUUAUAGGAUUGUGUCAUUUGAACAGCAUUGUACAACUUGAGGGUAUAUGUGCAGAAUUACCCAAUAAUAACUUGAGUAGAAGGAACAAGAAAAGGAAUCUUAUAUGUUUAAUGUUGAUAGUUCCUAUUUUUUUUUCUAGCCACAAUUUUACCAGGUGACAGGAAAGCUCUGCCAACCUGAUUCUCCAAAAAAGUAGGGUCCUCUCACACCAUCCCCAAAGUCAGGACCUUCUGAGUGGCCACAUGACUUUUGAAUCCUAAUGUAUUAUCUGAAAAUGUGAAUAUGACAAACCACUGAGAAAAUUUCCCAAAGCACAGGUGGUUUUGUAUGUGUGCAGUUUGGGGGCUUGAGUUCUGAGUGUUUUGCUGUUAGUUUUUGUGUUUUUACGUCAAAAUUGCACAGAUGUGGUGCUCUUCCAGGAAGGAUUUGAAGUAGGCUCAGGCCACACUUAAAAAGUAAACAGAAAAACGGGUAUUCUGGUCAUCUUAGGGUAAAAGCAGGUGAUGAACAUUCCUAUCCCCAACACAUCAAUUGUAUUUUUUUUUCUGUAAAACUCAGAUUUUCCUCAGUAUUUGCUUUUACAUUUUAUGGUUAAUUUAAUAGAAGAUGAAUGGGCAUUGCAAAGUUGUUCAACAACAGUUACCUCAUUCAGUAUGUCCAGUAGUGCCGGAAGUGAUAUCUUAUCUAAUGAUUUGCUACUCUAGAGGAGAAAUCAAAUGUGCUCCAAAAAGGUAGACUAUUGUUCUACCUUUUACUCUGCCAAGUCCAAAGAUUACCUGUUGGCAUUCAAGGUGUAGCAAAGGAUGAUGUAUAUUUAUAAAUGUAUUUAUACCACUAUACCAUGUGUAUAUAUAUUUAUAACCACUUAAAUUGUGAGCCAAGCCAUGUAAUAGAACCUACUUUUCCUGAGGGCAAAAAUCCAAACAAGCAAAUACCAUCUUUCCAGGACUUUGCUUCAUAUACUUGAUGACCUCAUAAUCAGAUCAGUGCUUGGGUACCUCUUCAGAGGUGAGAACUACGUAACAACCAGGGAGAAAGAAAUUUAUCACUUUUUUUUAAAUUAAGGAUCACCUGAGACAGCUGUGUUUUUUUGUUUUGCAAUAUUAUGAUUAUGUGGUCACAGUCAAGUCACAAAUAAAAACCUAUUUCUUUACCACUAUACUUCCUUCUCUCUCCUUCCUAAAUACUGGCACAGUACUAUUCAUUCUAUUUUAUAUAUUUAAUAUUUUGUUAACAUCAACUGAUGUCAAUCUGCAAAAACAACAAAUUUUAAGACAUCCAGGGAAACACAAAAGCCUUACUUCUCUGUUCCUGUAACUAGCAAGACUGACAAUCUCCCCCAACCCUGUCUAGGACUCAACCCUAGGGCUCUCGUGCUAGGCAAGCACUGUACCACUGAUCUGCACCCCAGCCUGAGAGAGACGAUAUUUUGAUGUAUCAGUGUUUGACAAGCAUAGUUCUUAAUUGUAAGUAAACCAAAGCAUCACACAGACACCAAAUGCUUUUUAUUCCCAUGUGUUCUUAUUUUCCUUUUGUAGUCUUGAAUCAUCUGAGUUUUUAAUAAAAAAAGAUUUCUUGGUUUCUCUUACCAUCUGUCUUUCUCUCCUAGGCCUCUUACAUGGGAAUGUUGAGCCCACAAUUAACAGUGGUUUUAUUUUUUUCCGCUACUCAAAGUUAAAACUGACCAAAGUUAUUGACUUUUUACUUUGCUAGACCAACAAACCAUCUUAAGUUUACAUACUGGUUUACAUUGUUAUUUAUGUGUUAAUUGUCAAAAUGUAAAUUAAAUAUAAAUGUUCAUGCUUUA